AUGGUGACCCUCAGCGGCGACUUGGCGGCCACAUCGGCUUCCACCGCUGGUACCAUUCUACUCCUCAAUAUCGUCGGCAUCUGCAUGGCCGUCUUUCCCCUGCGCCCAGCCCCCGAGGAGUCGGGCAUUGUCUCAAAAGAAGGCAUUCGGGUCGCAUCACAAAUUGCCGCACGUAUCCUCAUGCCUUGCCUAUCAUUUAUCAACGUGGCCGAGCUGCAAGACAUUAGCUCCAUCUGGCCCGUCUCCAUCUGGCAUCUUGUCAGCAUCCCCUUUUGCAUCCUCGUGUCCUACAUGCUCUCCUUCCUCUUUCGCGUACCCAAUGAACUCCGCGCCAUCUUCGUCGCCGCUGCCAGUUUCAGCAACCUCGCCUCAUUGGCCUAUGUCAUCAUGCAAACUCUGUGCGAACAACCCGAACUUGACGUCGAGGACGAGUGCUACGAUCGCGCUGCCGGCUUUAUCGCCAUCUCCAUCAUCCCUUGGCACCUCCUCUUUUGGACCGCCGGCGAUUAUACCCUCUCCUUGGCCGCCCGGGCUGGCACCGAUUACACUCCAAAGGCCCCCCUCUCCAAGGAAGAACGCCGUGCCGCCCGAAUCAAGAGUGCCGUCGACCUUCUUUUGAAAAUCCUUAACCCCAACCUCGUGGCCACCCUGGUCGGCGUCCUUGUCAGCCAAGUCGACGUUCUGCACGACCUCUUUUUCGUGCCCAUUGGUCAAGACAGCGGUCGCCCCCCGCUCAGCUUUGUCACAUCCGCCGUCAGCUCGCUCGCCGACGCCUCAGUAGGCCUCACUACCAUCAUCAUCGCCGCCACCCUGGGCAAACGCCUGUUGCGUGUCAACUGGCGCAAGCUUCGGGCUCGUCUGCUCUGCCGCUACCAACCCAAUGUCGCCACUACGCACCCAGCCAAAGCCGAUUCUCCCGACUUUAUCAUUGCAACCUCCUUUGCCGCGCUCUCGCCUGAUUCCUCCCCCCAGCUCAAUGCCGCGUCCAGUACCGCCACCACCACUACCACUGCCGAUAACGACAACAGGGCCACUAAUGGCGGUGCUUCAGCAAACAACAAGGACGCCGCCAACGAUGACGACGACGACAGCAACAACGAUGCCAUCUUCAACGAUAUGCCCUCCAAAACUGAUGUCGAGAUGAUUCUGGCCGACAAGAGCGAUCCAGCUAAACUUGAGGGCAACGUCGAUGCGGCUGCAAUUCUAGCCCAGGCGCGCCGCCGCAAGGGGCGGCUCUCCCCCACCUUCUUCUUGCAACUUAUCUUUGUUCGCGUCUACCUCAUGGGUGGCCUGCUCUUCGCCAUGGUCUACCUCAUCUCUCCUCUCGUCUUCCCCGAUUCUCAGCCCGACUCUUCUCUGAUCCGCCUUGUCUUUUUCGUCCAGUGUAUCGUACCCUCGGCCAAUCUCAUUGUUCUCCUCGCCCAACAACGCGGCCUCGUCGUCAUUGCUGAGGACAUUGCUCUCGCCAUGCUCUGCCAACACAUCCUAUCUGCGCUGAGCUCCAUCUUCUUUACUGCCAUCGCCCUCUCCAUCGUGUAUGAUGCAUAGAGAGCCAUAGACCUCACCCUAGUCCGUGGUCUUGUCGUUGUUCUGUGUUGACGCCUUAGUAUCGUCUU